GUAUCGAUAUUAUUAAUACAGUUAGCUCCGCCCACCAGCAAAGAAAACUACAGAUCCCAGAAUGCCACUGUUGACCCCUGCAGCCCGCAUCUUGCUGACGAUUUGGCGCUGUGCUGAGAACUGAGGAGCAGCAGGGCUUGGAAAAAUAAAAAAUAAAAAAACGCGAGGAGCGCUUUUGUGAAACUGAGGAAAGAGGGAGCUAGAGAUUAGAUUUAAGAAGGUUGUUCGUCUCGGACGGGGCUCCGACUAAAUGCUGGGGUCUUUACAUUGACGAAGAGCCAGGCUUUGGGAUUGGGUAGCGACCAGCUAGCGUAACACCCCUCCUCCUCAUCCUCAUCCUCUCUCUUCUCUGUUGAGAAUUGCGUUAAAACGAAAAGGAAAGGCCUCGACUUUUGUCAAUAUCGCAGUGUUGUUUUUUUUAUUUUUGUUUCUCCCUGUAGAUUAAACGAAGAACUAUUGCUGGCAGGUGUAUGUGUUUAGAAUGGGACACGCUGAAGGUCCAGUCAAAGAAAAAGACAGUUAAGGAUGCAGGAGCCCAACAAUGGAUUUCUCCCUCUCUUUCAUGCAAGGGAUCAUGGGAAAUACAAUUCAGCAACCCCCUCAGCUCAUUGACUCAGCCAACAUCAGACAGGAAGGCACCUGUGACACCGGCAGUGACCCGGGUGAGGAUAGUGGUCCAUCCUAUGAUGCUGCCCUGGAUGCAGAGUUCUCUUACCCACCAUCAGCCUCGGAGGACAUGCCGCAGGUCCCCAAUGGCUACCCCCCUGGUCUGGCGAUGUACGAGCCCCAGGCCAAGUUUUCAAUGUUCUCACAGUUCCCCAAUGGCUCAGCUAAUGGUUACGGGGCUUUACGGAGCUACGGGGAGCACGGCCUCCUGCCAGGGGAGGGAACUGUCCUGAGAGGCCCUGGUCUACAAGAGAGACCUCUGUCUCCUGUGUCUCCCCCGCUGCCAACACAUCAUCCACAUCUCCAUCACCACCCCCAUCACCACCACCACGUGCACCCCUUCCACUCAAACCCACCUCAUAUACAGACACAUUCGCACCCGCAGAGUCCUCCACCUCCACCUCUGCCCCCACAGCACCACCUGUCCCAGACACCUCACAUCAUGACCCACAACCUCCAACCUCCUCCUCUGUUACACCUCCCAUCCUCAAGCCCUCCUCCCUCCCUGGUGGACAGUACUCCCUCAUCUCAACAUGUCCAUGCUCCAACCAACACCACCGGUGGGGUGCUGAAGAAAACCAGCUCCCCAGAGAUCAAGCUGAAGAUCAUAAAGACGUAUCAGAACGGGAAAGAGCUGUUUGAAUCCGCGCUGUGUGGAGAUCUGCUGCAGGAGCUGCAGAAGGAGUCUCAGAAGAACGAGGCCACUCCCAUGCAACGGAGACAUGAAAGGAAGAAGGAGAAAAGGAAAAAGAGUGCAAGGUUGCAGCUGCAGGUUCAGAAACAGGAUCUGGACCAGAGCCAAGUGCAAGCAGGUACAACGGGUCAGACAGAGGACACCACUGACCAGCCUCAGCCAACAGAACCGCCGCCCGUUCAGACAGAGAAGCCUCCAAAAACAGUCAUAAAAGCUGAACCAAAGACACCAAAGGUUCCUAAAGUUCAUCAUCCAUCAGUGAUUCAAGAGACUGGUUUCUGUAAGGAGUUUGUGAUCGGAGACUUGGUGUGGUCCAAGGUGGGCACUUACCCCUGGUGGCCCUGCAUGGUCUCCUCUGACCCACAGAUGAAGGUCCACACUCGCAUUAACACCAGAGGUCACAGAGAAUAUCAUGUCCAGUUCUUUGGCAGCGUUGCCGAGCGAGCGUGGAUUCACGAGAAGAGGAUAGUCACGUACCAGGGGAAGCAGCAGUUUGAUGAGCUUCAGGCAGACACUCUACGCAAAACGUCAAACCCUGUAGAGAGGCAAAAACUUCUAAAGCCGAUUCCUCAGCGGGAGCGCUCCCAGUGGGAGGUGGGAGUGGGCCAUGCUGAGGACGCCUUCCUCAUGACACGCCAGGAGCGAAUUGACAACUACACCUUUAUCUACGUUGACCCGGACCCCGAUGAAGCCCCACCCAGCAAGAAACCCACGACCAAAGCGGAAAAACGAAACCGACGCUCCAGUGGCUCCAUCAGUAAGAAGGAGGAUGUUGGAGUGAAGUCCCCGGACAGGGAGCAGCCGCCGCGACGGCAGCUGCCACGGAGACAGUGCAGCAUUUCAAACACCGAGGAAAACUCCAACGCACAACCACUGGGGGAACAGAAGAGCCAGAAGGGGGACCACAAUAAGUCACCAAAACAGAGCUCUGGCUCGGAGGAUCAAGUUCAACAGGACUCGCCGAAGCCACCUGUCAGGGCCUGGAAAACAGCAGCUGCCAGGAAGCUGCUGCCUCUCUCCAUCACAAUGAAGAGGCUGAAUGUGGAGAUCACAAAGUGUGACUGGCCUCUCCUGCAGAAAAAUUCCACCGUGUCCCCAAAAAAGGUCAAAGAAGAGGGAAAGGAAGAGAGAGUGGAGAGGGAGGCCCGGCAGCCUGAUCUGGGAUACUGCUCACCUGAGCAGGACAGCAGAGCUAAACCUGAGCCUAGCCCUGAGGAGGAGGAAGAGGAGGAGGGCGAUGAAGGGGAGGAAGAGGGGGAUGAGAGGAGAAGCUCCCCUGUGAGUCGAAGGAGCGAGGAAGGGGGAAUUCAGCAUACCUCUUCUCCUGGAUCACCCAACAGCAGUCCACAAGGCUCUCAGGAGAGGAAACCUCAGCGGCGGUCAGUCAGGAGCAGGUCUGAGUCAGAGAGAGGGAUCGAUCCCAUCCCGAAAAAGAAAACCAAAAAAGAACAGGCUGAGCUGGCUCCAGAGACUACGCUGAAAACGGGUUCACAGAAAGGAGCCAGCGAGAUCUCGGAUGCAUGCAAGCCCCUGAAGAAGCGAAGCAGAGCGUCGACAGAUGUAGAAAUGGCUUUGUCUCAGUACAGAGACACAUCGGAUUCUGACUCCAGGGGGCUCAACGACCCACAGGGUUUAUUUGGGAAGAGUCUCGACAGUCCAGCAGCGGCAGAUGCAGACGCUUCAGAUACUCAGUCUGUGGAUUCUGGUUUGUCUCGUCAGGACAGCAGCACCGAAAAGACAGACACUGUGUGCCAGAUCUGCGAGGUGUACGGAGAAGGUUUAGUCGUGUGUGAGGGGGACUGCAGCCGGCAGUUUCACCUGGAGUGUCUUGGUCUGUCGUCUCCACCUGAAGGUCGAUUCAUCUGCACUGAAUGUAAAAAUGGCAAUCAUCCUUGUUUUAGCUGCAAAUCAGCUGGUCGGGAGGUAACCCGCUGCUCGGUCUCUGGAUGUGGUUGUUAUUAUCACAAGGAGUGCGUUCGGAAACUCCCGGGCACCACCAUCAGCUCCAGUGGAGGCUUCUGCUGCCCACAGCACAGCUGCUCAACGUGCUGCCUGGAGAGAGACGUGCAACGAGCCAGUAAAGGUCGUCUUAUACGUUGUAUCCGCUGCCCGUUGGCGUACCACCCUGGCGACAGCUGCUUGGCAGCAGGCAGCGUCAUCCUCACGCAUCACAUCAUGAUCUGCAGCAAUCACGGCAGCGCCAAGAAGAACGGACUCCUCAGCUCCCCAGUCAACGUGGGCUGGUGCUUUCUGUGUGCCAGAGGGCUGUUAGUGCAAGACCUUACUGACACCAUAUUAAGUUCAUAUGCCUAUAAGUCCCACUACCUUCUGACUGAGUCAAAUCGUGCUGAGUUGAAAUUACCUAUGAUUCCCUCUCCUUCGUCAGCUACCAAAAAGAAUGUUGGGAAAGGAGGCAAGUUGCUGUGCUGCGACUCAUGCCCAGCUUCCUUCCACCCUGAGUGUCUGGAGAUGGAGAUGCCUGAAGGUGCCUGGUCCUGCAGUGAUUGCAGGGCAGGGAAGAAACCUCACUACAAACAAAUUGUCUGGGUCAAACUGGGCAACUACAGGUGGUGGCCGGCGGAGAUCUGCAAUCCUCGUUUGGUGCCAUCAAACAUUCAGAGCCUUCGCCAUGAUAUCGGUAACUUCCCCGUCUUCUUCUUUGGCUCCCACGACUACUACUGGAUCAACCAAGGUCGGGUCUUUCCCUACGUGGAGAAUGACAAGAACUUUGUGACGGGUCAAAUUAACAUCAACAAAACCUUCAAGAAAGCUCUGGAAGAAGCGGCCCGGAGGUUUCAGGAGCUUAAGGCUCAAAGGGAGAGCAGGGAGGCUCUAGAGCAGGAACGUAACUCUCACAAACCUCCACCAUACAAAUCCAUCAAGUCCAACAAGCCAGUGGGUAAAGUGCAGUUGCAUGUGGCUGACUUGUCAGAAAUCGCACGAUGUAACUGCAAACCUACAGACGAGCAUCCAUGCAGCCUCGACUCUCAAUGUCUCAACCGCAUGCUUCAGUACGAGUGUCAUCCACAGGUGUGCCCUGCAGGAGACAGAUGUGAGAAUCAGUGUUUCUUCAAGCGGUUGCACGCAGAAACUGAGGUAUUAAAGACGGAGGGGUGCGGCUGGGGCCUUAAGACAAACCAAGCCCUCAGAAAGGGGGACUUUGUGAUUGAAUACGUGGGAGAGGUUAUAGACACUGAGGAGUGCCAGCAGCGAAUCAAACGAGCUCAUGAAAAUCACGUGACCAAUUUCUACAUGCUAACACUCACCAAGGAUCGUGUGAUAGACGCUGGCCCAAAAGGAAACUCGUCUCGUUUCAUGAACCACAGCUGCAGUCCAAACUGUGAAACCCAAAAGUGGACGGUGAACGGAGACGUGCGCAUUGGGCUCUUUGCGCUCUAUGAUAUUGAGGCUGGCACAGAGCUGACCUUCAACUACAACCUGCACUGUGUGGGCAACAGGAGGAUGUCCUGUCACUGUGGAUCUGACAACUGCUCUGGAUUCCUCGGAGUACAGCCAACGAGUGUUGUGGUGACGGAGAAAGAGGAGAAGGCCAAGAACGCCAAAAUGAAGCCGAAGAAGCGGAAGCUCCGGCUGGAGGGAAAACUCACACACGAGUACUUCUGUUUUUGUUGUGGAGAAGGAGGAGAACUGGUGAUGUGCGACAGGAAAGACUGUCCGAAAGCGUAUCACCUACUGUGUCUCAACCUCACCAAGCCGCCAUACGGACGCUGGGAAUGCCCGUGGCAUGACUGCAGUGUGUGCGGCGCCCUGGCCUCGUCGCUCUGUGACUUCUGCCCUCGUUCCUUCUGUCGGGACCACGAGACGGGGGCGCUCACCACCUCCUCCCUGGAUGACCGCCCCUGUUGCAGCAGCCACAACCCGCUCAGUCCGCUUGGCUCCAGCUCCAGCUCGGCCCAGCCGCGCCGCCACGCUCUGAGUCCCGUCAGGGUCAAAGAGGAGCCAGAGGCGGGCCAGGCGACCAAAGAGUGAUGCUGUAACUUCCUACAAUACCUCAUUCCCAGCCAAGUGCUCUCUGAUCUUCAGUGGUGCACCUCAGCAUGGGAUUCAGUGUUUGUUUGUUUUUUUUGACCAGUGUGACGGCCAAAAUUCAGAGCCAACUGAUGAACACCUCGAAGCUGUUUGCUGCAGCUAAAGUGAUGACAGAGAAGUGACCAAGCAUAAAUGUGCGCUGUUUUCUUUCCUCGUUUGCCAUGAAAGACCAGUUCACUCUCUGCAGCUUGCCUGGUCCCAUCGUCGGGU